AUGGCUGACCAACGCGACAUCGACAUUCGAUUCACCAGGGCAUUCAACAGUGCUAAAGCGCUGCAUGACGACGAUCUCCUAGACGAGUGUGUCGCAAACGCUCGUGAGCUGCUCGAAGAUCCUGCUAUCCCUCAUUACCAUCCGAUGAAGACGCUUUUGCUGCUGGGCUCAGCGCUUGAGGUCUUGAACGAGGCGUUUCACUGUUGGGAAGAAUCUGACGCAUUGUGGAAAUUGAUUCGAAGCUGGCAUCCAGAGGGUCAAAACAGCGACGUGGAUAAGGUCAUGGCUGAAGUCCGCACGUCAUUUGACUAGCUAGCAGAAGCACUAGAGAAUGAGGAACCAGAGGACUACGACCUAGAGGACGAUGAUUUCGUCAUCGUGCACAUGCAUGCCGGCCAGGUUGCAGACACCCAGGCGAUGAUUCAGCGCAUGGAAAUCAACGAAGACGGCGUCGACAUGGAUAGUGGUGGUGAGGUUGUUGCUGCCAGAAACGCGAGCUAGGUCCAGGUCCAGCCCGUCGAAGAGCCGCAACCUCCAGGAAAACUGGAGGGAUCUAUCACGCACUAAGUAGCCGAUUUAACGGC